AUUAAUUUAAAGUUUCUUAAUCGAUUUCCGGAAAAAAUCGUAAUGUACAAUAAUUAUGUAAUUAUAAAAGAGAAAGAGUAGCGCAUUAGAAGAAGGAAAAAAAAUAGGAUGAAAAUUAGUGUACUACUUGAUACCAAUUUUUAUGUUCAAUUGUCUCCCUGAUACAAUGAAACUAUAGAAGAUCUUAUAAUCCACCAUGCAAAUGGAGUUACGCCUUUAUUGGGUGUAAUUCGAUGAACUUGUAGGUAAGGUUCAAUUUAUUUUCUGAAUUAAGAAGACAAAAAUAUCUCAUGGCAACUCAUCUGGAUUGAGUCUACAAUAUUUUAAGUCGUAUUAGCUUCCAGCAAAAAAAGAAGUCAUGUAUCAGCAGCAAAGUCAACAAGCAAAUCGAGCAUAAGCACUAUAAUGGAAAUGAUUUCCCCUCAGGCACUUCUGCUCUACUCAACAUUUCUAGUAAAAUAAACAAAUAAAUAAUUGAGUACAAGCCACUCCUGCACAAAAAGACAGCUAUAGAAAUCACCAAGUUGUUUUUUUCUUUUUCUGUUUUUGUUGAACGAAAUACGAAGUUAAUUCGAGACAAACAAAUGAUGCUGAUGCACAUCCUUACAUUGGUUUAUACAAAGCUAUUUGUAAUUGGAGAAAAAUAUGCAACAUAGAACACAAUUGUUAGUUUCACUUCAAUAUGAAUCAGUCUACUUGUUUUCCAAUUUCAGCUCACAUGAAGAUGAAGUAUAAACAAACCAACAAAACGAACAGAGAAAAUCCAACUACUUUAAAAGGCAUGGAAGUCUCAUGGUUUACCUAGAAUAAUGACAAAAGAACAAACUCUAGGUAGACAUGGUAACUAAACAUGCAUCGGUGGGCCCCAAUAAUCGAGUUGCCCACAGCAUGGCCUGAACAAUUAAAAAGAAAUAAUAGGAGAGGUACUUAAUUAAACUAUCAUGGAUGCAAUGAUAACUGGGAAGAAGUCAACUCACAAUGACAGACCAGCCAAUAUUCCUAUCUUACCAAUACAAUAUCUAAUGGCAUAGGAUACCCAAGCACUCAUUGAAGAUAAACACUCCUACAAAAAUUUCCACUUCGGCUAUGAUUACUUACCAAAAACGUGUCUUAUAAAUAAAUGCUUGUAAUAUUAAACCUAUCCUAUUGACCAAGGCAUGCACAGGCUCAUGCCCAGCAUGGGAGGAGUCCGCACUCUCAUCCAACUUUCCUUGGCAUUCAUCCUGUUCGUAGCUAUCCAAUACUAUCACUCUACCAUUACUGUUCAAGAUAUUGAAUCAGUUCACUUCAGAUUCAAACCUGCACAGCCCAACUCAAGGUCUGACACCAGAUUUGUACUACCUGCUAGGGUUAAUGGAGAGAAGACUCAUAUGAGACGAUCAGGACCUAACCCAGUAGGGAAUCAUCGUCCACCAUCCAGACAAUGAACUGAUAAAUGCAGGUGAGAGACAAGAUGGUGUAGGACUAAGGAUCAGUAUUUUCCUUUAACAGUUUUACAUCAGAUGUAUUUAUUUAGGCUGGAAAACAUAUUAUUCUGGUAUUAUGCUUGUACAAAUGGAAUGCAACUGAUGAUUUGUUCUCUAAAAA